AUGGCAAACGAUACGGAAAUUCUUCACUAUUUAUGGAAUGGGAAGUUACCUGUAUGUUUUCAAUUGGAUGAACAAGAAAUUCAUGGUAUACAGAAUCCAGAGCCGUUUUACUUGAUGGUACCCAGAAUGAGUUACUUUCCGUUGGUCUGUGAUAAAGUAAAAAAACAUUUUGUGAAGCAUGUGGAUCCUGAAAAACAAGAAAUGGAAAUGUGGUUAGAAUUUAAAAAUAUUCCAUUAAAAUGGAAUAAUCCUAUUGGUGUUCUUUAUGAUCUCUUUACAAUUGAUGAUAAACAAGUUGAUUUACCAUGGCAAAUAACUGUUCACUUUGAUAAUUUUCCUGAAAAUCAAAUACUGAGAUGCUCAUGCCGUGAAUCUGUAGAAUCUAAUUUUAUGUCAGCAAUGAAAGAAGCUGAUAUGCUAAAACACAGAAGUCAAGUAUUUUCAACUAUGCAGCGACAUCAACACAAUCAAUUAUGGACUGGACUACUUAAUGAUAAAUUUGAUCAGUUUUGGUCAGAGAAUAAAAAACUAAUGGAACCAUCUGAUGGCAGUUAUUUUAAACAUAUACCUGUACAUUUUUAUCGAUCAGGAUCAUCAGUUAUGACACAAACAUUAGUUAAGCCAGUUUCAGAAGAUGGAAACCAUAUGACUUUGGGAGAACUGAUAAAACUUAAUUAUCCAUCAGUAGAUAACCCUAAAAUUUUUACUCAUGGCAUUUGCAUACCUCAUGAAACGCCAGUUCAAUGGAUGAGUGAACACAUGAGUUACCUUGGAUAAUUUUUUACAUUUAGUUGUUAUUUAAUAUAUAUAUAUAACAAUUAAUAUAUAAAAUAUAUAAUAUAUUAAUAUAUGUUAAUAUACAUAUUAAUGUGUUAAAA